UGGAAUUCACCCAACUAAAACCUUGCAAUCUGCAGCCUCCGCUCUCAGAGGCAGCGACUGCUUGGACAGGCCCCUUCCUCAGCUCUCCAUGGCCGCGCGGACGGUGCCCCACGCCUACCCCAUGAGCUCAGAGUACGAGUUCGCCAACCCCAGCAAGAUCUACGACCAGAACUUUGGAGAAGGUGUGUCCCCAUGUGAGAUUUUAGCUCCUGCUCUGUACCACGGCUACUACAUCAGGCCUCGGAUCAACAAGCAGCUGGAUCGAGGCACCUCGGAGGUCAGCCUCAAUGACCACAAGUACGAGGUGUUCCUGGACGUCUGCCACUUCCUGCCCGACGAGCUGACAGUGCGCACUGUGGACAACCUGCUGGAGGUGGUGGGGCAGCACCCCCAGAGGGCUGACCGCCACGGCUUCAUCUCCCGGGAGUUCACCAGGACCUACAUCCUCCCACUGGACGUCGACCCCUUGCUGAUGAGAGCCACCCUGUCCCACGAUGGCAUUCUGAACAUUGUGGCACCCCGAACAGGAAAGGAGGUGAAGGCCAGGAUCAUUGAAGUGAAGAUAAUCCAGGAGCAGACAGUGGGGCAGGAAGAACAGUCUGAGGAAGGAAAAGGGAAAGAAGAGUCCUAAAGGCCCCAAAGCUGGGUUUGAGCAGGGAGGGGGGAGAGGCAGAAAAGGGAGUCACUGUGCCAGGCCUCUGUUUCUCACCAUCAGUGUUUAGAAGGGCUGGAACACAGCUGUGCAUAUGCCAGACUUCUGCUUCUUAAGGCUGAUGAUCAGAAGAAGGGGCUUGGAAAUGAAAAAAGAGGGGGACUAAAGUGUUCAUGGAAGGGACUCUAAUGCAAGUUUUUCUCCUGGGUGCCCAGUGAGCACCAUGCUCUUCUCUCACCCCACACUGCAAGGGCUGCUCUCGCCCAAUGCUCUGAGGCUGUGCACCUGCCCAUGCAAUCCCAGCACCUUGCUGGUGCUGGCCUUUGUGCAGAUGCAAUGCUGUUAAGUACCCACAGCUCUUGAAUGGAAAGAGGAAUAAAUCUGCCUCCAAGCUUCA